UCGGUUCUUUGCUGUUUUAUUAUUCGAUGGCACGGUCGUUGAUCAACAGCUUCUGCUUCGAUGUUAUCGUCUAUUUGCUGUAUUACAGAUAUAAAAUGAUAAAUAAGAUGCUCGAUCAUUUGAAUAAGCUAUCUGAUGCGCCAUUAAUCGUGCUCAAGAUUAAACGCAUCAGAGAAUUGCAUCAUGAUAUUUGUGAUCUUAUUAUUAAGAUGAACAAUACUCAUGGUUUUUAUCUUCUUUUCUGCUCGGCAAACUGCUUCUUUACGCUUACCGCAGCACUAUACGAGACGUUCUUGCAUAUAAAGAACGAAACGGACAUAAAUUAUAUGUAUAUAUGGGGGUUAUGUGUCGAGUUGAUUAUGUAUACUAUGCAAUUUGGUUCGAUUUGUUGGUUUUGCGAACUUGCACGUCAAGAAUUCAACAAAACGAAGAUAAUUAUGUGCGCAAUUGCAUUGAAAUGUCAAUCUAUGAAGUUUGAUAAACUGAACGAUACAAGGAAUCAAUCGAGUUUAGAGGUACGACCGCCAUUGGAAAGCGCGGACGGCGAGCAAAAUUUUAAUUGGAGUAACAGUUACGUUGUCAUGGAAAAUCUUUUGCGUAAAUAUAUGGCUCAAGACCAUGUCAAUAACGAAAUUAAUGGCUUUUUGAUUCAUUUGCAACAUCGUCAAUUAUCGUUUAUAGUCUGCGAUUGCUUCGAAAUAAACAAUAAUUUGUUUUGUGGUUUCAUCGGGGUAAUCUUCACUUAUAUAAUAAUCUGCAUUCAAUUUCUCUAUACUCCGAUUUAAAUAAAAGCAGAGUGCAG